AUGGCUUCUCCCCAUGUACUUCUAUUUCCCUUCAUGUCAAAGGGACACACAAUCCCAAUCCUCCACCUCGCCAGCCUCCUCCUCCAUCGUGGCGCCUCCGUCACUCUCAUCACUACACCGGCUAACCGCCCCUUCAUCUCUACCGCUCUUUCCAACACCACAGUAUCCAUCAUCGACAUCCCAUUCCCACAAAACAUCGACGGCAUACCUCCCAGCGUGGAAAGUACUGAUAAACUCCCUGAUAUGUCCCAAUGGCCUCAGUUAGCCAUUGCAGCAAAACUCAUGAAACUCGGCUUUGAAAAGGCCUUAGCUUCUCUCCCACGCAUCAGUUUCAUGGUUACAGAUGGAUUCCUCGGCUGGACACUGGAGUCAGCGCAGAAAUUUGGCAUCCCAAGACUUGUUUAUUACGGCAUGAGCAAUUUUUCCAUGGCUCUUUCAUUUGAUGCAUAUCAAUCUUAG